UCCGUUUCUGGAGAGUGUCAGCGCGGAUCAUUUCAGAAAGAUAACAGCUUUAACACCAACAUUAAAGACAUUUAAAAAUAAGUUGAGCUCAAAACUCACUCUUAGUUAGCAGCAAGUGUUUGAAAUAACUUGAUCCGAUGUGGAUUAAUCACUAAACAAGGCAGGAAUAUUUAUAAGCGAUGUAAAAGACUAUGCACGCUCAACAUUAACGUUACAUAGUAAACAUGGAAAAUAUGACUGCUUCGCUUGGAUAAAUCAGACGUCAGCUUCUCAUUCUCUGUAACAAUUGUGUAUUUAUUAAGUAACAUUUUAUCUGUCGUCUCGUUUCGUGAGUUUAGCUCCACGUUGCAUAUCAUCAAAAUAUAAUAAUGAUUUUUUUUCGGGAGCUUUUAUAAAAAUAGAGACUCUGCGCUGAGGAUCAUUUCAGAAAGAUAACAGCUCUAACACAAAUAUUGAACACUUUUAAAUAAGUCAAGCUCAAAACUCACUUUCAGUCAGCAGCGAGUCUUUGAAAUAACUUGAUCCGAUGUGGAUUAUAAUCACCAUACAAGGCAGAAAUAUGUAUAAGCGAUGAAAAAGUCUGUGUAUGCUAGGCAUUAACAUUACCAUAGUAAAUAUGGUAAAUAUGACCGCUUGGAUAAAUCAGACGUCAGCUUCUUAUUCUCUAUCACAAUAGUGUAUUUAUUAAGUAAUCUGUCACAAGCCUCGUCUCGAGAGUUUAUCUCACGUUGCCUAUCAUAAAAGAAUAUAGCCUAAUAAUGUUUUUUGUUCGGGAGCUUUUAUAAAAAUGGAGAUAUUAUCAUUCAUUUUAAAUGUGACGGCUACUGUGGCUAAUAAACAGAAACAGACUCGACUGAAUAAACAGGCUAUUUUCAUGAGCGUUAAAAAUAAAUAAAUAAAAUAGAAAUAAGUGUAUUUAUGUGUGAUUAAUUUUCAGUCCUGAUAAAUUAAAUCAAUAUGCUCAAUGUAUCACUUAUUCUAUAGUUAAAACAUCGAUGCUUUUGAAUUUGAAUAUAUAACAAAGCAUGCAAACAAACUGCCGCUUUUAUCAUGUUUGUUUUGUGAUCGCGCUUGUUCCAGUGACUUCUUAGUUUUCUGAUAACUUAUCUUUUAUGGUGAAAUUUUGAGGUUGCAUGACGUUGUUCUGAGAGGCGUGUAAAGGGCGUGUUUUAGUGACGUGCAGCGGUGCUACAGGCUCCACUGUGGAAACCCAGGCGGCAAGGAAGUCGACCGGAAGUUGAAGUCGGCUGCGUGCUGCCAUCUUGUAGCAGAACUUCACUUGCGUUAGCAUUCCCAUUGACUCCCAUUCAUUUUGGCGUCACUUUGACAGCGAAUAACUUUACAUAUGAGGCGUUUAAAGACUCCAUUUGUCCAUUAUUUAUUUCUAAAGAUACACGACAAUGUAUAAAGGGCUCCAUUACCUUCUAUGUUACAUUAUGGCCCCUUAUAAACAGUUUUUGUAAAAAUAGGCUAACGAUUGCGACUGUAAUGCGACUCUCUGUCGCAUUACAGAAGCUACGUUUGAGUCAAGCUACGUUUGAGUCUGCGCGUCAGAAACGGAAGUGCUAAAAAACGCUAAAAAUGGGCUUCAAUUGUCUCAGUUGAGUUCCAAUGGGGUCGCUGUGUCCAUUUCUUUUACUGUCUAUGUGGAAACCCUGCGCUAUGGGCUAGUUGCAUAUCUCCGCCAUCUUGGAUUUCCGGUCUUGCGAGUGUGAGUGAGUGAGUGAAGUGACAUUCAGCCAAGUAUCGUGACCCAUACUCAGAAUUUGUGCUCUGCAUUUAACCCAUCUGAAAUGCACACACACAGAGCAGUGAACACACACACACACACACACACACACACACUGUGAGCACACACCCGGAGCAGUGGGCAGCCAUUUAUGCUGCGGCGCCCGAGGAGCAGUUGGGGGUUCGAUGCCUUGCUCAAGGGCACCUAAGUCGUGGUAUUGAAGGUAUUGAAGAACUGUACAUGCACUCCCCCCACCCACAAUUCCGUCCGGCCAGAGACUAGAACCCACAACCCUUUGAUUGGGAGUCCAACCCUCUAACCAUUAGGCCACGACUUCCCCAUAAAUUACCUGAAUUCAUGAAUUAUAUUACCUUCUAUUUAUGUUUACAGGAUUUAUAAUAUCACUUCAAAUGCAAAUAAGAUUUACACUGCUAUUAUUACUAUUCUGUAUGUUAACUGAGCCAGUGCAUUUGAAACUUGUGUAUGUUUGGGUCCGGUGAAUGAAUUAGAUACACUAAUGUUCCCUACUGUUCACGAAAUGAAAAUUGAACUUAUGGUGUGUACACACAGAUACAUAAUUAUUUUUUACCUUACCAAUUAUGUAAAUGUAAAAAUUACUUGUUUCUCGCAAAUGUUUGUAUUACAUUGAUUUUUAUUUUUUUGUUUAAUGAAAUGUUCACCUUGUGAGACAUGGGCUGUGAUUUAUCUUCACAUUUCUCAAUUGUGCACAUACAUUAGUUUGUUUCAUCAUCAUUUUCACAACAUAUUUUAUUAUUUGACAGUCAACUUUGCAUCAAACAUUUUGAAAUGAAAAAAACGGGCUGUAAAAUAAUACAACUAACACGACUAAUCUAUGUCAUUAAUCAUUAAGUUGAAAAGAAUAGGGCUGCUCACACUUCCCUGGGGAGUUCCAUUCUCUAUUGAGAGAAUCCUAUCAUAGUUUAUGAAUAUAAUAGUUAAAAUAUCUCUAUCAGCAGAUAAAAUAAAACAGCAUAUCAUAGUUUAUGAAUAUGUAAUAAUAAAACCUUUAUAUUUAUCGGGAAGAAGGACGCGGGAACCGGCGGACAAUCAUAAGACAUUUUAAUUACACAAAUAAAAACCAAACAUAAAAUAAAGCCCAGGCCUGGUCCUCUCUCGUCCUUCACUGUCGUCGCUCCAGUUUUAUAUCCUUCCAUCUCCUCCGUGGGCCUCGAGACUGGUGGGUCGAACAGGUGUUUUUGCCAUAUUCAUGCUCUCCACCGCAUCUCGCACACCUUUGUUUACCUCUGCAUACAGCCGCUACAUGUCCAAAUUUUUGCCAUUUGUAACAUCUUAGUGGAGGGGGUACGUAAAGCCUAACCGAGAAACUCAUAAAUCCUAAAAAGACUUUACUUGGCAGCUUAUCCUCAUCAAACUGAAUCAUCACUGAUAGACUAUCUCCCCUUUCAUUGUUUCUAUUACAUUUCAGUCUUUUCACUCCAAUUACUGCGCCUCCCGUAAGACCUUUCUUAAUCUUUUCCUCUUUUAAAUCAGUAGGGAUCCCUGUAAUUACUCCUUUAACCCAUUUCUUUUCUUCUUGAACUGAACAAUUCACACCCUGUCCCAUGAUCGUUUUAAUUUCUAGAGCCUUUUUCUGUUGUCUACUGUCCUUACAAUAUAUAAUCAAUCUACCAUCCCUCAACUUCUUCACACUUUCAACCAGUCCUAUUUUUUCCUUAAUCACUUUAGAUCAUUUCAGUGGAUUAAUGACACUGAAAGAUCCAGCAUCUAAUUUCAACUAUACCUUAAACUCUUCUUUCCUUCCCCUUGUCACGUGUAAUCCAUUCUCACUUUCAGUUUCUGAUUCAUUUCUUCUAUUUUUCUUCCUUUUCCGAUUUCCUACUGUACUCCAUUCACUAGGCGUUUCUCAAUGUCAAGGAUACUUCCUUGGUAGGACUGAUCCUUCCAAGUCACUUCCUUCAGAGGCUAGGUGAGACUCCUCUUUAGCAUUCGGAGAACAGGUAAAUGGAACAGGCUAGCAAGUGCACGUAAUUGCGUCAUUACGUCAGUGAAAAGGUCCGUUUGAAUAACGCUGUGAAUGUUAUCAUUAAAUUACUUUGGACAACUUAACUAGUUAUUUAUAAAAGAAAUGCCGUUGACGCAACCAAUUUUUAAAUGACAGGUCCGGUUCAGUUAACCAUUUGUAUUUGUAUAAUUUACAAUAUCAAUACGGUAGUAAUUUGUACUGGCAUUUAAACAUCAAACUUUACUUAUAUUUACUACAGUUAUAACAAAUGUUUGGUAACGUAAAUAAAAACCGUUAACGCUCUGACUACGUUAACAUUCAACGUUUUUAAAUUUUUGAACUAACGUUAGAUAGCAAAGCUGCGCGCAUAGGAUUGUGGGUGAUUUGAUAGCGCGAAGAGCGCGAAGGAUACACAUAUGCAUCCUUUCCUGUGUAUGGGAUAUUCUUCGAACGAAGGACUCAGUCUCCCUGCCUCCAAUCAAAACGUCCUAGAGAAGUGCCGCCAGUGAGCCUCUACUGGCCAGAGCUGCGGUUUUAAACACAGCAUGAGAACCGUGUAGACUCAAUGUAGCCUGCUCAGUGUCUGUGCUUUUCCAUGAGCGAACGCUGCUUGUGUUUUCUCCUUUCGUAUUUUGAAUAAAAUUGAAGUUGUUAAGUAUCUUAGUCAAGUAAAACCAACGUAUACAUCGUGUAGAGGUACUUUAUUUAGAGACCAAAGAUUGCUGCAAGCUAACGUUUACUUUAACACCGUCAGAUGAAAUCCACGGCUUGUGCAUGGUAAAGGACAGGGUUGGGUGUACUUUUUAUGUAAUAUUGUGUAUUAGCACUGAUGAAUAUUUGAAUGUGUCGUCCGUGUCUUUAGCAAACACUUUGACAAUGUGUUUAAUGAAAGAAACAUCCUGGAUGCACUUGAGGAGUGUUUUAUUCAGACGUUGUUUCGGUCAGCUUGAAGCACACAACACACCGGUCUGUCCUUCAUCUCCGGUCACUACUGCUUCACACGAUCCGCUGCUUUAUUGAUUCAUAGCCACUAGUUAAAUCUCUAACCCAACACCUGUAUAUGUCAUAACAGAGGGCUUUUUACACAUAUUUAAUUCUUUAUUGAUUUUAGUUGUUGUUGAACUGAUGAAUAAAGCUAAUUCGUUUAUUGGUAGGCCUACUGUGGCAAGCAUUUGAUAUAAACGGAAGCAGAUCAUUUCUUUAACAAGGCCUGGGAAAUGCACAUUCAUUUUUUAGCCUAUUAAUGCUUUAUUGUUAUGGCAUGUUUAUAUGAAACAACAGCAUAAAAAAAGGACAUUUUAUUUUUCAGUUUACUGCCUUUUUAGGAAAUAAUACCUCACCGACAUAUUUACAAGUGUAAGAUUGUUUGAGGUUUUGCGCAUGAUUCAUAUUUUUUUUUCCAUAUAAGCGUACAAAUAUUACAUCAUUAAUUCACAAUUUCAAACAGCAUCACAAACCAGACACCAAGAAGGCAGCUAACAUGAAAUUAUUAUAUUAUGAUGUAUAGCAUCUGCCUUAUAUUUGUAAACUAGCACUUUAAACAUGUUGAUAUUGACUGAUGUGAACAAAUUACGGAGAAAUGCUAAUUCUAUUUACAGAGAUCAUAAUGUAAUUUCUCAAGUCAGCCCACAUCAGUGACCACAGUGACACAGGCCUGAGAGCGGAAGAAUGUGGGUCAGUUGUACUUGACAUGUUUUCCACUUCUGCUCUGUGGGUGUAACAAUCCACACUCUAAACAAAUGACCAAAUAAGAUUAAUCUCAUGGUUUUAACAAUCAAAGCACUUAUUGUUUUAGAGUUGAAUACCAACAAAGCCUUUUGCCUUCCAGCCCCAAACCCAUCUUUCAUUUGGAAUUGCUGUUGCGAUACAUUAUAAUCACACAAUAGCAAUGCUCUCCCACAUAUUUUGGUAUUUGUAGCAGUGGGUGGGAAUAUAUUCAAGUUUAUUUCAUCAUGCUGAUUACAUUACAGUCUGAACCACUGUAGUGAAAUCAAGGCACUGACCCAGUAUUGAUUUAAAACUGAAUCAAUGUUUCAUAUAUCACAUGCACAUCUGACAUUAUCGUGUCGAACUUAUGAAAACUGAUAAAAGUGUCCAUGGACCAGACGUGAUUCAAUUACCCUCAAACAGUUUGUUGUGCAAUCACCCAGAAAUUCUUAGUAAUAUUUUGCAUCUUCACACUUCUCUUUUCUCAUGUGUUGAGACAGUCAACAUGUGGGAAAACUACCUUAUUUGACCAGGUUGACGAUAAUUCAGAGUCGCAGAAGACAGGAUGACACAAUUGACGUGUUAGUCAUUUAUUUCCGUAUGUGUUUAUAGGAAGUGUUGAGUGUAUAACAGCCUGUGUGUCAGACAUCAUGUCAUUAAUAGAGCAGUAUGGACCCCAGGCUACUUCCUCUAAUGCUUUUGCUGAUUUCAAACAUCCACCUUGGACAAACUAAAGACAAACCCAAAGUAAGUGUAAAGCCGCAGAGUUCAGUGUUCACUGGAGACACAGUUACUCUGAGCUGUGAUGUGAGACAGUCAACGGGACGAAAGAUUAUCUGGUACAAAAACUCUGAGAUAAUAGAAACUGGUGAUCAAACAAAAACACUGAGAGAUGUGAGAGUCUCUGAUGGAGGACAAUAUACAUGUGGUGUAGCAGGAGGAGAGACCACACAAAGCAAACCAGUCAUGUUAACAGUGAGAGAGAGACCCAAGCCUGCGUUGCAUGUUCAGCCUGAUGAACAUGUGUUCAGAGGACAGAUGGUCAAUCUCACAUGUGACAUACAGGAGACAGACGUCAGCAGCUGGAGCUACAUCUGGAGUAAAGAUGAUUCAGAGAUUGAUGUCAGUCAGUCACAGGAAUACAGAAUCAGUUCUGUUGAUGAAUCUCACACGGGUCGUUACAGCUGUACUGGAAGAGAAACAGGAGGAUCACGAUCCUCACACACCAGUGACACAGUUACACUCACACUAUCAGACCCAAGUAAAGUAAGUGUAAAGCCGCAGAGUUCAGUGUUCACUGGAGACACAGUUACUCUGAGCUGUGAUGUGGGACAGCCAACGGGACGAACGAUUAUCUGGUGGAAAAACUCUAAGAUAAUAGAAACUGGUGAUCAAACAAAAACACUGAUAAAUGUGAACGUCUCUGAUGGAGGACAAUAUACAUGUGCUGUAGUAAAAGAUAGCAGCAUACAAAACAAAAGUGUCAUGCUAACAGUGAGAGAGAGACCCAAGCCGGUGUUGCGUGUUGAUCCUGAUGAACAUGUGUUCAGAGGACAGACGGUCAAUCUCACAUGUGACAUACAGGAGACAGACGUCAGCAGCUGGAGCUACAUCUGGAGUAAAGAUGAUUCAGAGAUUGAUGUCAGUCAGUCACAGGAAUACAGAAUCAGUUCUGUUAAUGAAUCUCACACGGGUCGUUACAGCUGUACUGGAAGAGAAACAGGAGGAUCACGAUCCUCACACACCAGUGACACAGUUACACUCACACUAUCAGAAUCUCCAGUACCUCUAGAACCAACAUCUUCAGGUGUUUUGAUGAUCGGAGUGAUUUCAGGACUCAGUGGUGCAUUUCUGCUCAUUUUGUUACUGGUCCUGCAGUUCUGCUGCAGACGCAACAAAGGUGAAGGAUCUCCGUCUCCAUCUACAGACCAUCAGCUGCAGAACAUCAGGCAGACAGCAGAGCAUCAGAGGAACAAUGGACAAACACCAGCGAGCUCCAACGCUGUAACUGGGCCUCCGUCUGUGACCUAUAUGAAUGUUGGCCUGAAAUCAUUGGAGGAAAUGAGGAAGAAAAAUAAAGGAGAGCAGAGUUCUGACACCAUUUACUCCAAAUUGAUGUUUUAAGGUGCUGUUUCUGGAUCAAUAUGACGAAUGCUCGGACAACUUUCAUCAACACUGGAAUACAAAAAAUGAAAGAGAAUAUGUUGAAGAAUUUGAUAUAUUACCCUGAUUAUUAAUUGUAUAGUUUAAAUUAUUAAACAUAAUAUGCAAAUCUUCAUAAUCUGUGACAUUUUAAAUCAUGAUUCUGACCACUGAUACAGUACUGCAUUUACUGUUACAUUUAUUAUAUGUAUUACAGAAUUGUGAAUAUUAAAAGCAAAUAGCAAUAGGCCUCCACUAGAUGUCAUAAUAGUCGCUUCUGCCACAUUUUUGGUUAGCACUUGUGCAUUAUUUUGUUAUAUACUGUGUCCUCUUGCUUUGAUACCUGUGCUGCUUGUAGCCUGUUUUUAUUAUGUAAGCCAAGCAAAUGUACUUUUCACAUGUUGCAAAAUCUAAAUAAAUUACUAAAGCGA